AUGAAAAGAAGAAGCGAUGCUUUGUUGGGAACUUUUCAGGCCACCAACGUUACGCCACCAAGCGAUAACGGUAAUAGUACGGCUGGUGGGGCCAAUGGAAGUAACUCUGUUACACCAACCUCUACUGGCGGUAAGAAAAGAAACAAGCUUAUAAAAUCAUGUGGCUUUUGCAGAAGGAGGAAACUUCGUUGUGAUCAACAGAAACCUAUGUGUUCUACAUGUAUUUCUAGAAAUUUAACGACAUGUCAAUACGCUGAUGAAUUCAACAAAGACAUCGAAAAGAAAGCAACCUAUGGUCCCUAUCCUAACGCCGAGUUACUUAAGAAAGUUGAAGACCUGGAAAACAAAAUCCGUAUUCUAGAAUCUGAAAAGAAUACUAAUUCGUCUGCGAGCUCCAUGUAUACUUCCCCAAAUUUCCCUCCUUUGGAUACUAGUGUAUGUGAAACAUCUACUGAAACUUCAUCUCCAUUACCAGAUGGUGUGAUAAAUCCAUAUGCUGACCGGUACUACUUACAAAGUAAACACUCGGGAAGGUCGGUACUAUACGGCCCAACUUCUAUGAGAACCCAAAUUGCAAAUAGUAAUUGGGGGUUCAUUGAAAAAUAUAAACAAUUAUGGACAAAGGUUAAAGCAGAAAGAAAUAAAUGGAAGCAAAACAACCAAAAGACGAUGUGUAGGGAACUAAGUCUUUUGGACGAGUCGAAUUGGGAGCCAGAUACAUUAAUCAAACAGAUAUGCCGCUUCCUACCAUCAUAUGACAAAGUUUUGUCUAUUUUAGAUGAUUUCUUUAGUGACGAAGCAUGUAAUGAGAUCAACAUGAUUCUUGAUAAGGCAAAAGUUAGAAGAGACUUUCUGGAUUAUUUCAUGCCGGAAAAAGAGGUAAACGCGAAUGGUGACAGGUCCAUAGUCUAUAUUUUAUCGAAUUCAAAAAAUAAUUACUACAAAGCUGCUGUGAUACUAUUAAUCCUAUGUCUGAAAUAUUUCCAUGCGAAUGUCCCAAUCCCGAUUGAGAAGCUUUUUACUUUUCUAAAUGGUGCCUCCACCGCCAAGGUGUUCUAUGUUGAGCGUGCUCAAAUGUUAAUACUGUUCUACUACCAUCGCGAAAUUCAUUCAUUCGGUGGAGAUGGUUCCCAUUUGAUUAACCUAAAUGAAUCUUUAUUUACCACGGUUACCACAAUAGGGUUGCAUUUAAAUAUCAGAGAAACUUUCAAAGAUCAAGAGAUUUUCAUGGGUAGCAUCGAAAGUUUAGAAAAUGUCUGGUUAAUGGCAAUAUUAAUUGAUUACAGCAUGUCUUGUAAUAUUGGCAGACCCUUAUUGAUUAACAAAUUUUACCUAGACGAAAAGCAAGAUUAUUGCAUAUUGAAUAGUCAAAGCAAAACAUAUGAGGGAAAGCUCAAAAGGUAUUUAAGGAUGGCAAGGCCAAUGUUGUUUGCUCUUUACGAUAGAGAGAAAUUCCCGGAUUUAAAGGCCUUUUCCAAGCAAAUCAUCAAUUUUGUAGAAGAAGAACUUGGCCCGCUUGGACAUUACACAGAUGAAAACCAAUCGGUGGAAGUCCCACUGAGAGAAACUAGAAUUAUAAGUAUGGCAGUGGGAUUAUUAUUAUCGUUCUAUGCACUAGUACAUUCUGUGCUGAAAGCCAGAAACAUAGAGUCCAAAAAUAAUACGUUUCAAUUGGUUUUAAUCAAUUUUUCCAUCAUUGUUAAUACCACAAUUCGAUGCUAUCGUAUCGACAAAGCACUUCACCCAGAGAAAUUCAAAACCUCCUAUCCGCAUUUACCGCCACAUAUGGCGUUAUCGAUGAGCCUCACGGCGGGGCUUUUUUCCAAAACCUUGGUGUUUUUUUGUUCCUUGAGUUACUUCAAAUUGACGCUUUUCGAAAAUGGGAUAUGUCUAUCCAACGAUAUGGAAGUUGGAUGGUCGGAUUUGACCAGAAUGACCGUUCCUUUAGACAAGGAUCUAUCCUUGGGUACAGCAAUGAGGUUGUACUCGACAAUCUUCGAUCGCUUAUUCACAGCGGGAGAUAAAGAAUUGAUACGCACAAUGCACAGAUCGCCGCAAUUUGUAGUAGAGCUGGCUAUUGAGAGGACUUAUAGAACCAUUCUUGGCAACGUCAUUGAAUUCAGAAAGCUGACCGAAGAAACAUGGCUGGCACAAAUCAAACAAGAACUAGAUCCACAGGGCGAUCAUUCAUCACCAGAACCUAAAACUGUGAGCGAUAAGCAGCAGCAGCAGCAGCAGGAUGUCAACCUUGCAGUUCCAACCCCCACCCCUUCAAUAAUUCCGAUGUCCCCUACACCUGGUGAGAAUAAGAACCAUACAAAGAGUCAAUCAGAGAUUAUCCAGAUGUUGACAGAUGAAUUUUGGACCAAUUAUAACUCAGGCUGGGAAGAAUUGGUUAAUCAGUCGGAGUUUUCCACCCUUUUUGAUGAUUACGAAGACAAGUAA